GAUUGAACAGACUGCAGAGGCUCUGCUCCAUCCUCCACUCUGAGGACACAAUGAAGAAAGAUGUUUCGUUAGAGCAGAACGGGAAUCAACAGGAGUCUUUUGCUGACGAUGGCAUUCGUUGGAGAACUGGAUCGGAAUAUGCCAGCCCAGAACACAAUGAUGUGCCUAAAAACAGGGUGUCUCACCCCUCCCUGUUUGGAAAAUACAAGCCCAGCUUACAGACACUCAAGCCAUUCCGCUGGUCUUCACCAAAUUCACACCCUGUGGACAAUGCCAGCUUCCUGUCAUUUGCAACCUUUGCCUGGAUGACUCCCAUGAUGUGGGCCAUAUUCAAGAACAGGCUGGACAUGUCCUCUCUUAGCCUGUCUCCAUUCGAUGUGGCUGACACCAGUGGAGAGAGGCUGCAGAGAAUAUGGGAGGAGGAAGUGGCGAGGAAAGGUCUGGAAAAGGCCUCCCUGGUCAAGGCGGUUCUUCGUUUUCAGAGAACGAGGUUCAUUCUGGCUGUCUUUGUCGGUUUCCUUGCCUUUGGAUCAGCAUUCGUCGGCCCGGGCAUCAUUGUUAACAAAAUCCUGAACUAUAUUGAAAACCCUGGAAAGAGUACGGUGACCUAUGGUGCCGGUUUGGCCGUGGCUCUGUUCUGCACCGAGUUCUUCAAAGCGUUCUUCAUUUCCCUCAUGUGGGCGCUAAACCUGCGCACAGCAGCCAGACUUAAAGGAGCCUUCUCAUCCAUGGCCUAUCAGAAAGUCAUCUCUCUCAGGGUCCACAGCGGGAUUUCAAUGGGAGAGAUGAUAAAUGUCUUGACCAAUGACGGCCACAGGUUGUUUGAGGCGUCAGUUUUUGGAAGCUUUGCAUUCAGCACCCCAGUGAUCUUCAUUGCCUGUAUUGUAUAUGCCUGCUAUGUUCUCGGUUACACCGCCCUGACAGGAGUCUUUUGCUACAUCCUGUUUGUCCCCAUACAGUUUUCCUUGGCAAAAUUAAUCAAUAAAUUCAGAUGGAAAGCCAUGCAGAUAACAGACAGCCGCGUUCGCACAAUGAAUGAGAUUCUAAACAGCAUAAAGCUCAUCAAGAUGUACGCCUGGGAGGAGUCCUUCGAGAACAAGAUUGCAGGAUUGAGAAAAAAGGAAAAGAAGCAGAUUCGCCUGGUCAGCUACAUCCAGAAUAUAAACACCAGCAUCACCAGCAUCGUCCCGACCCUCGCCACUGUUCUCACCUUCCUGGUUCACACUCUGCUGGGUUUAUCGCUCAAUGUGUCUGAUGCCUUUUCUACUAUCGCCAUUUUUAACUCCAUGAGGUUUGUCCUCGCCUUGCUGCCGUUGUGUGUGAAGGCCCUGGCUGAAGCCGCUGUGUCUCUGAGGAGAUUAAGGAAAAUCAUGCUGCUCCAGAACCCAAAGCCCUACCUGCAGCAAAACAAGGACAGUCAAACAGCUGUAGAGAUGAAAAACGCCACGCUAUCCUGGACCAGUGCUGCCGGCGAACAGCAUCACCUUCCCAGCCAGAACGGGGAGGUGAAGGAAGACAAGGAAGAGGAGAAUGGUCGGAGUCAGAGCUUACCAACCCUGAGAAACAUCUCCUUCACUCUGCCCAAGGGCAGCCUGCUGGGUGUCUGUGGGAACGUGGGGAGCGGAAAGACAUCACUGAUCUCCAGCAUUCUGGAACAGAUGCAUCUUCUUCAGGGUUCCAUCACAGCGGAUGGGACGUUUGCUUAUGUUUCCCAACAGGCCUGGAUUUUCCAUGGAACAGUUCAGGAGAACAUCCUGAUGGGCGAACCGUUGGACCAGGCCAAAUAUGACCGGGUUUUGGAUGUUUGCAGCCUCAGAGCUGACCUUACUAUCCUGCCAUAUGGAGAUCAAACAGAGAUCGGAGAAAGGGGUCUGAAUCUGUCCGGAGGGCAGAAGCAGAGGAUCAGUCUGGCCAGAGCCGUCUACUCUAACAAAGACAUCUUCCUCCUGGAUGAUCCGUUGUCUGCUGUCGAUGCUCAUGUGGGAAAACACAUCUUUGAAGAAUGCAUAAAGAAAGAGCUUCAAGGAAAAUCCAUCAUCCUUGUCACGCAUCAACUCCAGGAAUAUUCUCCUGUGGCGUCUGGAGAUCAGCUGGUCAGUCAGGAGGCCUCCACCGAGGGAUCUGUGUCCUGGAGGGUCUACCACCAGUACUGCCAGGCAGUAGGAGGAUACAUCAUCGCCUUCCUCACCGUCCUGACCAUAGUCCUCAUGAUCGGAUCCACUGCCUUCAGCAACUGGUGGCUCAGUUACUGGCUGGAGAAGGGAGAUGGGAAUUCGACAGGCCACAAUUUAACCUCUGAUCCAGGUGAUGUCUCCCAAAAUCCAAACCUGGCCUUCUACCAGAUGAUUUAUGGCGUGAUGAUCCUCGUCACGUUGGUCCUCGCUGUGAUCAAGUGCUUCUUUUACACUCACGUCACACUAAGAGCUGCCUGCAAACUCCAUGACGGCAUGUUCAGAAAGAUCCUUGCGUCUCCGAUGAGUUUCUUUGACACAACGCCUACUGGACGUGUUCUUAACCGAUUUGCUAAAGAUCAGGAGGAGGUGGACUCUGUGCUUCCUCUCCACAUGGACCCCUUCCUACAGUUUUGUCUCCUUGUGACGUUCACCAUCGUCAUCAUCGCUUCUGUCUUCCCUGCGAUGCUGGUAGCUGUGGUCAUUAUGGGCGCCUUGUUCUCCAUCAUCCUGUUCAUAUUUCAGAGAAGCAUUCGUCAGAUGAAGAAGAUGGAGAACAUCAGCCGCUCUCCGUGCAUCUCUCUCACUACCUCCACCCUGCAGGGCCUCAGCACCAUCCAUGCCUACAACAUAAGGGACAGACACAUUAAACUGUUCACAUCCCUGAACGACAUCAACUCCAAUCAUUACGUCCUGUUUCACUCUGGCACACGGUGGCUCUCUUUCUGGUUGGACUUCAUGGCUGCUUCCAUGACUCUUCUGGUGGCUUUGUUUGUUGUGCUCAGCAGCAAUACCACCAUAAAUCAAUCUUUAAAGGGCUUGGCCUUGUCUUACACCAUACAGUUAACAGGCAUGCUCCAGUAUGUGGUGAGACAGUCAACUGAAGUAGAGGCCAGGUUCAAUUCAGUGGAACGGCUGUUGGAAUACAUCACGACCUGUAAGUCUGAGGCUCCCAGACACAUAAAGGAAGCUCAGAUCCCAGAUGGCUGGCCCAAAAAUGGAGCAAUCACUUUCCAGGAAUACAAAAUGAGGUACAGAGACAACACUCCCAUUGUCCUGAACGGACUUGAUUUCCCCAUCCGAGCUGGGGAGAAACUUGGCAUAGUGGGAAGGACGGGUUCUGGGAAAUCGUCAUUAGGCGUUGCUCUGUUCAGACUGGUGGAGCCAGCAGGGGGAACCAUUUUUAUAGAUGGUGUUAAUAUUGCAGCCAUUGGUCUGCGGGAUCUACGCAGCAAACUCUCCAUCAUCCCUCAGGACCCUGUGCUGUUUACUGGCACAGUCAGGUACAACCUAGAUCCCUUUGACCAAUAUACAGAUGAGGAGAUCUGGACAGUGCUUCAGAAAACCUACAUGAAGGACUCGAUUAUCAGGCUAGAGGGGAAAUUAGAGGCUGAAGUGUUGGAGAAUGGAGAAAACUUCUCAGUUGGCGAGAGACAACUAAUGUGUAUGGCUAGAGCACUUCUUCGUAACUCCAAGAUCAUCCUGCUGGACGAGGCCACGGCCUCCAUCGAUUCAGAGACUGACGCUCUGAUCCAGAACACCAUCAAAGAGGCCUUCCAGGACUGCACCAUGCUCACCAUCGCACAUCGGAUCAACACCGUGAUGCACGCAGACCGCAUUCUGGUCAUGGAUAAUGGAAAGGCAGCAGAGUUGGGCCCCCCAGACGUACUGAAGCAAAGACCUGAGUCCUUGUUCUCGUCGCUCCUAACUGCUGCUAACACUGUCAGCGCAUAAAACCUCCAAAUUUAUCAAACUUACUGACUGCCUACAGUAAGUUGGCAUUAACUGCAAUUUGUCUGUCAGCUUAAUAAAUCUCUAAUAUGAAAAGCUGAGCCUAAAUUAAGGGCUAAUAUGUGUUAGUACUGUUGGAAAUGGUAGGUUUGACUUGUGUAAUUGUGUAAAUAGUGGCUUAUUUAUAUCACAAAAAGCAUUGCAUUGAUGAUGUGUUUCCUUUUGUUUAUGAUCAGAGUGUUUGUGUGGAUGUUCUAUUUAUUUCCAGAGCAGCGGCUUCCUGUCACUGUGCAGAUGACAUGUGAAAAUAUUGCAGCGUAACACAUAAAGACAUGCUUUAUACAUUGGUUUUGAUAACCAAAAGAAAAGACUUAGGUAUGUGUGAAAGGACCUUCCAUGUUUACUGACUGUCCACAUCUAUGCAACAGCGCUGC